CGCUCGUCGAUGACACAGAUGGAUCAGCUCGCAGCAGGCAUGCUAAUGGAGCGCAGAGCGGUGAAGAACAUGGCUCUGUCCAGAGCUCUAAGAUGCUGCCAGAAGGUUUUCUCCUGGAUUCCUGUGCUCAUAAUAACCUCCGUGGUGCUCUGGUCUUACUACGCUUAUGUGUUUGAGUUGUGUCUUUUUACAAUUACCAGCACACUGGAAAAAGUGGCCUAUCUGCUGGUGUUUCAUGUUUGCUUUGUGAUGUUCUCCUGGACCUACUGGAAGUCCAUCUUCACCCCACCUGCAACACCAUGCAAAAAGUUUCAGCUGUCUUACUCUGACAAGAAAAGAUAUGAGAUGGAAGAGAGACCAGAUGCUCAGAAACAAAUUCUGGUCGACAUUGCAAAGAAAUUGCCCAUUUUCACUCGAGCCCAGUCUGGAGCUAUCAGGUUCUGUGAUCUCUGCCAGGUACUGAAGCCUGACCGCUGUCACCACUGCUCUGUUUGUGAAAUGUGUGUCUUGAAGAUGGAUCAUCACUGCCCUUGGGUGAACAACUGUGUGGGCUUUUCCAGUUACAAGUUUUUCCUGCUUUUCCUCUUCUAUUCUAUGAUAUACUGUGUAUUCAUUGCUGCAACGGUUUUUCAGUAUUUCCUCAAGUUCUGGGAGGGGGAUUUGCCAAAUGGGACUGCCAAGUUCCAUGUUCUCUUCCUCAUGUUUGUGGCGCUCAUGUUCUUCGUCAGUCUCAUGUUCCUCUUUGGCUACCACUGUUGGUUGGUGGUGAAGAACAGAUCCACUUUAGAGGCCUUUUCAGCUCCAGUUUUUGCCAGAGGUCCAGACAGAAAUGGUUUCAAUGUUGGCGUCCGAGAAAACCUGCAGCAGGUAUUUGGAGAGGUCAGGAGAUUGUGGUUCAUCCCCGUCUUCACAAGUCAAGGAAAUGGCCACUACUUCCCCGUGAAGAACAUGAGCGAAUCCCAGAACCCUUUAUUAGCUAACGAGGAGAUGUGGGAGGAGUCAGAUGAUGCCUCUGAGGAAGGAAGUUUGGAUGAAGACCAGGAUCCCUCUGUUACCAUAGAGAUGGAGGAUUGAAUCUAAGAACAAUCUUCAGUGGUACAGAAGACGCUGAUUUAAAACUCACACGCUGUGGCUGUUGGGGAAACAAACUGAGGGGGGCCAAAUGUGUGGAUAAAACCUAUGCCCACACGUAGCCCAAUGCUUUAUCCGUGAGGGGGGGCCAAGUAUGAGUAAGACACUUUGAUUUGGGGGGAAAACCUGGUACUUAUCAGUGCACAUACAUGACCGGAUUGAGAUUAAUCUCAAACUGUUCUGCGGGAUUAGAUAUCGCAAUAUGAAAAGCUUCUGUCUGGUGCUCCCCUUUUGACCUGUGAGUUUUCAGUUUGCACAGUGCUCAAAGGUCAGUCUGAUUACAUGUCACACCUGUAAUAUUCCAGUGGUCACACAACAGACUGGUCUCUGCCAUCUGUCUUCAAGCACUUAUUUUUUUGUUCCCCUCAACAAACAUAAUCCCAUGUCUGUUAUACUAUGCCUUAUGUAUUCCCAUUUAUGGAAAAUGUUUCCCAAGAGAAGGUAUGGAGUAGCACCAUGAUUGCUUCAGCAUCCAUAUAGAAAACCAAUUAAUUAAGCCAAACGAGUGUUAAUUUCUAGCUUUGGUGGGUGAUAAUUAUUUAAUGCUGUUAUGUAAUUUAUCAUUGGACCUUUUAAGGUCUCCUAACAGCAAAUGCCUUUGUCUGAAUUGUUGAUUAUUGUGCACACAUUUGUUUAUAAUUAUGAAAAUGGACAUAUACGUGAAUAACCAAUAUUUUAAAGAUGCUUUUUAAAAUGAUCACAAUUAUAACUAGUUAUAUCAGCUGUCCUGAGAUUGUCUUUAGUUGUGGAUGAAAGGAAAAUUAAUUUUAGGCACAAAUUGAGAUAUCAGUGAUACUGAUUCUUCCAUGUUUCAUACUUUUCAAACAUGUAAUUGUAUAUACUUUGCACGAUGGUUGAUUCUCAUCCACUGGCUAGUAGAGAUCAGCGGUUCUCUGCAAUAUUAUACCAUGUUUUUCUGUUAAUGUAUUUUGACAAUUGAACUGUUGCCCCCCACCCCCACCCCCCAAUUCAUUGAGACAGUUUCAUUUAUUAAUAAUGAGUAUAUACCCAUAAGGUGUCAGUUCAUGUUGUCAAGAACACCUUCUGCUGUCAUUUGGUAAAGAAAAGCCCGUAUCAGACCUUGAUGGUGCUGAUUCUUGGUAGUUUUACUUGUCAUGUCAUUGUCAUGUAAAUCUGUAUUCCUACCAUUGUGGGUAAGCCAAAUGAAAUGCUGCUCAAGUCUGAGAAAUACAUUGCAUUUAUUAUUACUUUUUCUGAGGUAUGAUUCUGUGUCUGAAAGCAUGUAUAAAAUCUGGAAGUGUUGCUGUGGGUUACAAUGUUGAAUCUUUUUUUAUUUUCCUCUUGUUUUGAGUUUACGAUUCUUUGCUGCUGCAGGCAGUGUCAGUAUAUUUUGCUCUAAUAAGAGGCACUUAAAUAGUGCAUUUACCAGAUAUUGAGGCACUUUUGAUUUAAAUGUCAAACUGUAUGCAGCUCAUUUUAUACAGAACUGUUUUGCACACAAAUAUGCAGUAUGAGUUGAACACUUGUGUUGUCCAUCCGAAAUGGGCUUUGUAAUGUCCCUUUUAGCAAUACAUCUGAAUCUGACAAAUACUAAAGCAUUCAUUGUUUUGUCUUAAACAGCUCUUUAUUGAUCAUCAGUGGGUGUAACAAUAAAAUAAUCCACACUGAACUCCUGAGUCUGCAUCAUUAUGUUCAUUGGUAUACGCA